AUGAGACUUGAGUAUGGAACGCCGUUUGGGUUUUUGCAUGUCAAAAAGAUACACAUAAAAUAACACUAUUUGACUUGUGUCAAAUAAGCUUCUUGACCAAUCAGGGCCUGAAUAUGACUCCAGGUCACAUAAUUUAACACGUUCAUACAUUUUUUACGUAGUUAUUACACAUUGAUUACACUCACUCGUAAUUCAUAUGUCACAAAGAUUCACCUAUACGUAUGCUAUGAGUCAUAGAUUUUUGUCACUGAUGAUCCACAUUUGCAUAAAGGUCGUUUGGACUCCGCCCAAUUCUCGGGUACUGAUAACAGACGUUCACUCAGCUUCUGUUCUUCCGAGGUAAAAUAAGCUGUCCAAACGGUGUCCCAUAGAGUUGUCACAUUUUCAUUUGGUACUGUGCUACAAAUAGAACAGGGGGCAGGCAGUGUUGGUCACACUUCUUGAAAAUGCCUACAAAUGGGUUGAUUUGGUUGGAUGGAAGGUCAGAAAGGGAAGUGACUGCUUUAAAUCUUUGUACAUGUAACUCACCUAUCAUGGGAAGUUCUACUGGUCUCUGUGUGAACGUCUACCCCAGGAAAUGUAGCCUUAUCUGUCUGUCAAUGAAGAUGAACAAAUACCACUUUUGGGAGCCAGUUUGCACAGCCUUUUCCCCUCCUAUUUUCUAAUCUCCCACGGAAAUCAAUACACAAACAUGAUGGAUUACAACUCUUCUUGUCAUGGUGACAAGUUCCAAGUGCAGUUAUUGCCUUCAAUGUACGGUGUUGAGUUCUGUGUGGCGUUGGUUGGUAACCUGUUUGCCCUGAGACUCUUGGCGACUAGGGAGAGGAACAACUGGCACACUGGUGUGGUGCUGUCCUGUAACCUGGCCAUCAGUGACCUGCUCUAUGUCCUCACCCUGCCCCUGCUCAUAGUCUACUACAUGCGGGAGAACUGGCUGUUUGGGAUGGCGGUCUGUAAGAUCGAACGCUUCCUCUUCACCUGCAACUUGUAUGUCAGCAUCUACUUCAUCAUGUGUAUCAGUGUGAACCGCUAUGUGGCCAUUGUGUACCCCUUCUCCAGCUGGAACCAUGUGAACCCCGCCAAAGCCAAGGCUGCCAGUGUCGUCAUCUGGAUCUUUGUGACAGCCAUCUCCUCUCCUGUGCUGAAGUUUGCCUCCACAUGUCCAGAGGGAAGCAAACAAACCAAUUGUGUAUCCUAUUCCUAUUGUACCAACAGUGAUGCAGUUGAAGUUGCAUACACUCACUUGUAUUACAAAGUCUUUCUGUCUGUGGCUGGGUGUUUUAUUCCCUUCGUGGUCACAUUUGCAUCAUACUGCGCAGUGUUGAGGGCGGUGUGGAGGAAUGUGAAUAUAACCUCCCUGGAGAAACGGAAGGUGGCCCUGAUGGUGUUUGCGGUGGUUGUGCUAUACGCCAUUUCCUUUGGGCCUUAUCAUCUCCUCCAGAGCUACUAUUUCUUCCGCAAGGUUGAUGAACUUGGCUCUGUCUGCGACUGGGUGUACAAGGCCUACCAGGUGUCCAAGGGACUGGCUACAUUGAACAUGUGCAUCCAUCCACUGCUCUACAUGGCUGUGUUUGAUAACAUCCGAGUGGCCUGCUGUGGAAGGAGCUCAGCAGAUAUGGAAAUGAAUAAUACAUGAACAAAAUGAUGCUCUCUCUGCACCUUGGAUGCUUGCACUUAUGGUGUUUCUGAUAAGCAAGUGUUACACACAGUUGAUGACUUAUCUGUGAAUAACUGCAGCUCUAUGCACUUCCUUCCAAUGUUCUGAUGUAAGAUGUUUUUGAUGGUCAUGUUUCUUUUCAUGAAGUCUAAACUAUGCCCUCUUCUAUAUUCAUUAUUACAGUAUCAGAUAAUAGAAAUUGAACAUGUUCAAAAUAACUAUUUGAAAUGUAGCUACAUUACAACAUAAAAACUUAGUUUUCACACGAUGAGAAAUAUAUUAACACCAAAAGCACUGGAUAAAAAGUUAUAACAACCAUGUUGUGCCCUAGGAGACGGUGGAUGGAAAAGCGUGCUAGUUUGAAAUUGAAAAUAGGCGCUGUAGCUAUUGAUAAAGAAGAACAUCAAGACGAUGCAGCUGCUUUAGAAGUGAGAUCGGUUAAAUGACGUCCCUUGAGAGGGCAAGAACAAGAUGUAUGUGAGGAGAAGUGCCGUAUUAUCAUAAGGACAUGUAUACUUGGAAUACGGAGGAGCAAUGGAGGGAAAACGUGAGACAGAUGAGGUCUAAGAGAGAGGGAGAAAUAGGGUGAGCUUAAGUCAGUUAAAAGUGGCGGGGAAAGGGGAGAUGGUUUGUUAAAGAGGAAUGGUAGAAAGUGUAAGCAGAGUGAGUUGUACGCAGGAUCGAAGACAGGAGGGGAAAUAGAAGUUAAACAGGGCGAAGUAUCGGAGGCGCAAUGGCGACCUGUCAUUCAGGCAGGUAGCCCCACCUGUUUAGUAAAAUACAUUUAAAAAAUAUAUAUAUAUACAUACACACACGUUUUGCAUGUUAUUUUGGCAUUUAUGUGUCACAUAAAUGUUUACAACUCAAACAAAGCAUUUGUUAGUAAAAUGUAGAAUUGUAAACUGGGUGGUUCGAGCCCUGAAUGCUGAUUGGCUCCCGAGUGGCGCAGCGGUCGAAGGCACUGCAUCUUAUUAGUGCGAGAGGCGUCAAUACAGACACCCUGGUUCAAAUCAGGUUGUAUGUCACGAUCGUCUUGAGGAUAAUGAGUGGACCAAGGCGCAGCGUGUGAAAAAUACAUCUCUUUUAUUAGAGACGAGUGAAACACGAAACGAACACUUAUAACCAAACUAAACGACCGUGAAGCUACAAACGUAAGUGCAAAUACAAACGCUACAAACGUUCUACAUAGACAAUUACCCACAAAACCCAAUGCCUAUGGCUGCCUUAAAUAUGGCUCUCAAUCAGAGACAAUGAACCACAGCUGCCUCUAAUUGA